UGGAUAGGGUACGAUAUGGAUACGACGUUGCCGAAAUUUGUCCCUUCCAGAAUCAUCGACGCAUGCGUAAAAUUCCAGCCGUUUCAUCUCCCAACGGUUUCAACUUUACAAAGACUAUUCCUCGUCCAACGGUCAAAACGGUACGUCGUGGAAUCGUGAAUCGCCAGACCGAGCGCCUGUAAUGUUAACAGUAUUUUUGUGGCCUGCACCAUCGGUUUUUCUACGAGUCUGGAGCAGUUUAACGUAUUUUUAAGCUCCAGAUUGUUAUAGUUGUUAAAGUCAUGUCUGGAUAUGAAAAUCCUAAUUCGAGAGGCCGAAAUUACGGUCGGGGUAGACCAAGAGGCUUUGAUGAUAGAAGAGGCUAUGAUGAUAGAAGAAGAGGCUAUGAUGAUAGAAGAGGUCAUCAGUCUUCUCAACAUGGCUCAGAGUCCAGAGAUUUCGACAACGGGAAUCGACGACCUGCCUACAGUUCGCAAAGCUCUGGUCCAUCGCCUUAUGCGAGGCCAUCGUCCACACAGGGCUAUCAGCCAAAGGUAAAGGUCGUUGAUAGAUUGGGGCCUAGAGACGAUGGUGCUUCAACAUCCAGACAAGGAGCAUCUGAUUCAGGAGAUGCAGGGAGGAGUGCCGUGUGCAGGGGAAGAGGAUCCGUGCGCGGAAGGCGGGUGAUUAAUCUACCAGAGGUAGAGACCAAACCCGGGACCCUCGACUCAAAGAAGGGUACUACUGGACAAAAAGUAGUAAUGCAAUCUAACUACUUCAAACUGCUUUCGACACCAAGUUGGUGUCUAUUUCAAUAUCGUGUGGACUUUGAGCCUGCAGAAGAGCGUACAGUUGUCAGGAAAGGUUUAGUCAGGCUCCAUAAAGCUAGUCUGACGUCAUACGUUUUUGAUGGAACAGUCUUGUAUACCACCACACGAUUGCCGGCUUCCUUGGAAUUGAUAUCUAAAAGGCAGUCGGAUAACGAAACUAUCAAGAUCAGUAUUCGUCUUGUGGGCGAGCUGAGGAAAGGCGAUCCUCAUUACAUUCAAGUUUUUAACAUCAUUAUGCGAAAAUGUUUGGAGCUCUUGAAGCUUCAAGUUAUUGGCCGCGAUUAUUUUGAUGCUCGCGCCAAAAUAGAAAUCCGUCAAUAUCGCAUGGAGUUGUGGCCUGGGUAUUUGACGUCCAUCAGGCAACAUGAAAACAAUUUACUUAUGUGUGCUGAGAUCGUGCAUAAAGUUCUCCGUCAGCAGACUUUGUUGGACGUGUUGAAUGAUUGUUAUAAUCAAAAUUUCCAGGACUAUAAAGCCUUGUUUGAGCAGGAGGUACUCGGUUUAGUAGUGCUGACCGAUUAUAAUAACAACACGUACCGCAUAUGCGAUGUAGAUUAUGAUACUAAUCCGAGCUCUACAUUCCGCUUGAAAAAUGGGGAGGAAAUUAUGUAUAAAGAUUAUUACGAAAGUAAAUACCAAAUUAAACUUCGAAAUCAACUACAGCCGCUCCUAGUUACCAAAGUUAAACCAAAGAAUCGUAACUCUGAAGAAGAACAAUUUGUAUACCUGGUUCCAGAACUUUGUCGUGCAACAGGCAUGACGGAUAAGAUGAGAGAGAAUUUUCAACUGAUGCGUGCAAUGGCCGAGACGACACGCGUGUCGCCUCAAGCGCGUAUAGAUAAAUUAAUUAAUUUUAAUCGAAGACUUCGGGGCGAGCCUGAAGUCAUUAAACAAUUCAGCGAGUGGAAUUUGAAACUCGAUGAUAAACUGGUCGAAGUGCCGGCACGCAUUCUGCCACCAGAACGUAUAGUGUUAAAUGGCGCAACUGCUUCGAGCGGACAAUUUUGCGAUUGGACUAGAGAACUCCAAUCUAAGCCGGCAUUCUGCGCGGCUCGAUUACAACAAUGGGUUGUGAUAUGCUUAGACCGCAUGAGGCGCGACGUAGAUAGGUUCGUCGGCAUGCUCCAAGAAUGUGCCCGAGGCAUGAAUUGCAUGGUUGAUCGUCCCAGAGUUUGGGAAAUACAGGAUGACCGGGCGAAUACGUACUUGACCACAAUUGAAAGUGUGAUGUCUUCCGCUAAUCCAGAAUUAAUAUUUUGCGUCGUAACUAAUAAUCGUGCUGAUCGGUACGGUGCUAUUAAGAAGAAGUGCACGGUCGACAGGCCUGUACCGUCGCAAGUAUUUUUGGCGAAAAACAUAAACAGCCGAAACUCGAGAUCAAUUGCGACGAAGGUUGCGAUUCAGAUGAAUUGCAAACUGGGCGGCGCGCCCUGGAGUGUCCAAUUGCCGGAUAACAUUAGACUUAUGGUAGUUGGGUUCGACGUUUGUCACGAUCCUCAAGACAGAAGUCGUGAUUACGGUGCGUUGAUCGCGACGUUAAACCCAUCUUUGACAAGAUACUUCAGUGCGGUAGCUCACCAUGCUAACGGAGAGGAACUAUCUAAUCAGUUCUCAACCAACUUGGAAAGGGCUUUGCAUAAUUAUAGGCAAUUAAACAAAGCCUUGCCUUCGCAUAUCGUAAUUUACCGCGAUGGUGUAGGGGAAGGGCAAGUACCGUACGUUUUCGAGCACGAAGUAAAAGCGGUAAAGCAAAAGUUGGACCAAAUUUAUGAGACUGUGCCAGUUAAAAUGGCUUUUAUAAUUGUGACAAAGAGAAUCAAUACUCGGAUUUUCUAUAAUCGUAACAAUCCACCUCCUGGUACUGUAGUAGACGACGUUGUUACGAAUCCAUUGAGGUAUGACUUUUUCAUCAUACCUCAAUCGGUGAGACAGGGUACGGUGUCGCCCACCGCUUUUAAUGUCAUAGCGGAUACCACGGGUUGGACUCCGGAUCAAAUUCAAAGAAUGACGUACAAGAUGUGUCAUAUGUAUUAUAAUUGGUCUGGCACCGUUAAAGUACCUGCGACAUGCCAAUAUGCGCAUAAACUCGCGUUUUUAGUAGCGCAAUUUAUACAUCGUCCGCCGGACACGCGAUUAGAGAAUUUACUGUACUUUUUAUAAAGUUCUUCGAGCAAUUCGUUUUAUAUUCGACUGGGCACAUGAACCAAGGGUCCUAGAGAUGUCACUGUGUUCGAAAAAUCUCCUAGAUAUCUUAACCUAAUUGUAAUCAUCGUAACGCAUGUCGUAAGUGUAUUGUUAUUGAAACUACAGCUGCCAGUUGUCAAAAUUCCACUCGUUCGAUCUGCGUGUGAUAUAAAAUAAAGAAAAAAGUAUAGGAAAAUAGGAUGUUAAUUAAAACAAGUCCGUCUUAGGCAGAAUUAAAACACUGUAUUAUUUGGGGACUGAUUAAAAAGCAAG